AUGGCGGCUGUCCUCUCGUCCGAGGACAGCAGCUACUUCUCGUCCUCGUCGUUGCGACGCUCACAAUCUCAGACCAGUUUUGGACACAAAUCCUCAUCAUAUCGAUCAACACCCACGCCGCAAAUAUCCGCUCCAUUCAACCCACCGUCCAAAGUAUACACUGAUUCCGAAAUUUCUUCAGCACCUUCAUCCCCCCCAGCAAUCCAAGCCGAAUCCACCGACGUAUCCUUCUCAUCUACUCCUGCGAGCAAUUUGUCAAUAUCGUCCGACUUUGAUGAAACCUUUGGCAUUGACGAGAGCCCCGAAGACCAUUUUAGCCUGCCUCUUCUCUCACAGGAAAAGUUCUUCUUGCAACCUGACUUUCAACGCGAUGACAACUUGGAACCACCACCAAGCCCCAAGACUGGGGAUUCAUACACGGUCUCUCCUGCAGAACCCGAGGGCUCGGGUGCUACAUCUGGUCCUGACACACCUGAGGUUACCGAACACGCAGAAGACGACACCGCAGUGUCAAGUAAGCCUUCCCGGCAAGUAGAUUACUUGUCGCAUGACUGGAAAGAAGAGGACAUCUGGUCGUCGUGGAGGUACAUCAUCUCCAAGAGGGGCGAAUUUGCCAACAGUGCAAGAUUGGAAAACGCAUCUUGGAGGACUUGGAUGAAGGCUAGGAACAAUCUCAAAACAAUAUCGCCCGAGGAACUAAAUUGGCUCAAAGACUGCGAUGUUACCUGGUUAUAUGGCCCGUUGCAGUGUGGAUCCAAGAAUGCGAACCCUACAGGCACAGAGCCUUCAAGUGUGACUCUGUCAAAAACGGACUCACUUGUCAACCUAAACAAGAAGCCAAUUCUCAAGAAGAGGAGUAUGUCUGAAGUCAUGCUACAAAGGUCUCUGGUAUCAGCGUCCCUGCUGAAGCAGGCUACGGCGGCAGUUCAGGCCCAAGAAACUCGGGGUGUUCUGAAGCACAGAACAGACAAGUCCAAUACUGAUUAUUAUAUCACCUACCCCCUUUCCGUCCGGAGGGGCAGCCAAUGCACUGGCAGCUCUGUUGCGGCUUCAACCGACUCGUCCAAUAUUUCCUCUCCUUUCCCAGAGCGCAAGCAUAUUCAUUUCAAUGAGCAGGUAGAGCAGUGCAUUGCCAUCGAUGUCAAGGACGACGAGGAGGAGGAUUAUGACCAUGACGUUCUUGGUGAAGACAGUGAUUCCGACGAUGGCGGCGUCAUGAUGAAGCGAGUCAAAUCCAAGAAACGCGCGCCUCCGUCCAAGAAGCGAAGCAAGAAGGCGGCGAAUUCAGAUGGCAAGAUUAUUGCCAAACUACCCUCUACUACCCUCAAGUACCGAGCAGACACACCGGAACCACAGGAAACAGCUAUGAAACACAGCACGGGCGUCUACCGAAGCCCAAUCAUAUCACCAUCGUCGUCCCAGGAAACCCUUCGGCCAGCGAAGCAGUCAUCACGAUUCUUUUUCGGCGAGGAAGACGACGGCGACGAUGGUCUCAGUGAUGGAACCCUGAUUGCUAGCUCAGGGUGGCGAUCUCCGCCAGGAAGCUCAGUUGGUGGCAGCCUUCACCGGUCGUCUUCAUCGGGAAGUCUGACAGAUGAGCCGGCUGGCAUGCGCCGCACACCAUCUGGCAUGUUCAUGCCUUGUGAAGAGGGGGAGGCUUCAAACGGUGAUGGGAUCAUUGGCCGGGUUAUUGAUACUGUCAAUACAGCGCGGGACAUUGCACAUGUUAUUUGGAACGUUGGGUGGAGGAAGUGA